CCUCUGAGGAGGUGGCUCUUCCCGUCCAGCAGAACUUCAUGAUCCCCAAAAAGGAGAUAAAUAUGGUUUCCGACAUGGCCAAGUGGAAGCGCUCUCAGGCAUACGCAGAUUACAUGGGCUUCAUCCUCACUCUGAAUGAAGGUGUCAGGGGCAAGAAGCUGACCUGCGAAUACAAAGUUUCAGAGCCCAUUGAAAAGCUGGUGGCUCUUCUGAAUACUCUUGACAGAUGGAUCGAUGAAACCCCACCAGUGGAUCAACCUUCUCGAUUUGGGAACAAAGCCUUCAGGACCUGGUAUGCCAAACUAGACCAGGAAGCAGAAAAGUUGGUGGCAACAGUGAUCCCCAAGCAUUUGGCUGAUGCUGCACCAGAAGUGGCUGUGUACCUGAAGGAAUCUGUGGGGAACUCCACCCGCAUUGACUAUGGCACAGGGCAUGAAGCUGCAUUUGCAGCCUUUCUCUGCUGCCUCUGCAAAAUCGGUGUGCUCAGAGUGGAUGACCAGAUGGCCAUCGUCUUCAAAGUAUUUAACAGGUACCUAGAAGUGAUGCGAAAACUUCAGAAGACCUACAGGAUGGAACCUGCUGGCAGCCAGGGCGUGUGGGGCUUGGAUGACUUCCAAUUUCUACCUUUCAUAUGGGGCAGUUCCCAGCUGAUAGACCAUCCAAAUCUGGAGCCUCGACACUUUGUUGAUGAGAAGGUGGUAAACGAAAACCAUAAGGACUUCAUGUUCUUGGAGUGUAUCCUCUUCAUUACAGAGAUGAAGACGGGCCCCUUUGCCGAGCACUCCAACCAGCUCUGGAACAUCAGUGCCGUGCCCUCCUGGUCCAAGGUCAACCAGGGCCUCAUCCGCAUGUACAAGGCAGAGUGCCUGGAGAAGUUUCCUGUGAUCCAGCACUUUAAGUUCGGCAGCCUGCUCCCCAUCCAGCCUGUGAUGUCCUAAGGAGGCCGUGGGAGGAGUCGAGGCAGCGGAGGCAGUUUCUUCCUCCUCCCCUCACCCCUUCCUCAUCACCUUGCCCGUUACACACAGCCCAUUCAUUCCUGCACAUCCUCAUCGGCAACCGCAGAUCCAAAGCCCUCGUCGGCCUCAUGCAGGAGACGGGACCUCGGAGCGGCUCCUCCUGCACGUCCCCAGCAUGGGGAUGUCUCGCCAGCAACCAAGCUAGGGCUGUGCUUCUCUGCUCCGUUGCGUCCACGGGCAGCGCGCCUGCUGCGUACGGUGCUGGGCGUGUGAACGGGGUUUGAGCAGGGGCUGCCUUGCAGCAAAGGCCCUCUGCUUCCCUUCCUGGGAGGAGGGGGGUGUGGAGGGGGAGGAAGGCAUGUGUGUAUGUGUUGGGCAGUGGUAACGGCAAUUUCCCUUUUGAAUUUCAUUGAAGUUUCCUGUUGCUGUUUGGUUUGGGAAACCACUGCGAGGAGUGAGGUGUGAGUCUGCACGUGCCUGUAGGCAGCCACCUCUGCUUCCACAGGGGGGUCUGAAACGGGUAAAGGAAGUUGUAGGGAAGGUCUGUGGGUUGCUGGAAGCCCAGGGUGCCAUCUCUCCCUUACUCUGGGUAAGGAAAGCCUCCUCCCUCCUCCCUCCAUCUCUUCUGUGAGGUUCCCUGGGUCUUCCUUUCCCACCACCACCUCUUCUCUCGGGUGAAGCUGGGAACCUUCUGGGCUGCGGGGGUCUGAGCUGGCUCUGGAG